GAUUUUUCCAUUAGUAUAAACUAAUUUCUCAAUAGAUUUGAGGUCAAUUGAAUAAAUAAACAGGAAAUCAGACAUGUCAUCCAAAGAACUUAACGUUGCAAUUGUUGGUACUGGUAUUUUUGCAUCCCAGGCACACUUACCUAAUAUUGAAAAGGUUGAAGGAUUAAAACCAUAUUCUGCUUUUAAUAGAACCAAGUCUAAGGCAGAGAAAUUUGCUGAAUUGGCUAAGAUUGAUAAGUCCAAGGUUGCUGAUUCUUUAGAAGAAAUUUUCCAGGAUGAAAAUGUUGAUAUUGUAGAUGCUUUAUUACCAGUACAAACUAAUGUUGAAAUUGUUAAGAUGGCCAUUAAACAUAAUAAACCACUUAUGUUUGAAAAACCAAUUGCAGCUAAUUUGAAACAAGCUAAAGAAAUUGUUGAGUUAUCCAAUUCUACCAAGUUACCAAUUAGUAUUUUAGAACAAUGGUCUUAUUUUAGUGUUAUAGAUACUUUGAAAAAUGAUAUAUUACCCAAAAUUGGUGAUGUUAUUGCUUUCACUCAUAAUGCCACUGGUGCCUUUAAUGAAGCAAAUAAAUAUGCCUCUACCGCCUGGAGAAUGAAUCCAGAACACAUUGGUGGUUACUUAAGUGAUGGUGGGGUUCACCAAUUGGCUUUAUUGACUGGGGUCUUGGGUGAAGUCGAUACUAUUUCUGCUCAAACCAAACAAGUUAGAAAAGAAAGUGGUACAGUGGACACCUUAUUUUCAACUUUGAAAUUACAAAAUGGUAUUAUUGGUAAUUUCACUUAUACUUCUGCUUUAGGUGCUACCGAUAAGUCAACUAGUCUUACUAUUUACGGUACUAAUGGAUCAGUAGUUUACGAUUGGUCUCCAAGUUUACCAAAACCAACCAUUACUUACCAAACCGGUUCUUCAAGUCAAACAGCCUCAGACAAAACCGUUAUCGAAGUCAAUGAAGUCAAUGCCAUUCAAGAAGAGUUUAAAAACUUUGAACUUGCAGUUAGUAAAAAUGAUAAAAACCUCGUUGGUGUUAAACCAGCAACCGCCUUCCACCAUUUAGCUAUCAUUGGCGCCGCUUUAGACAGUGCUGCAAAUAACGGUGACUCUAUCAAAGUUGAAAGAGUUUAGUCAUGAUUACACUUUGAUGAUUAUAUAAUUCAAGAUUAGCUAUAUAAAUGCAAUAAAUAAAAAUUCUUAUA